UCCUCUCUUUUUUUUUCGAACUUCCCCUCUCUUCCAUGUCAUUUCCUCCCCCCCCCCCCCCCCAAACUCCCGCGUGAGCGCUGCCGGCCACCACCCUCCAUCGCGCCGCCACCCGCCGCCGCCCGCCGUUUUUCCGGCGACGUUUCGUACAAAUUUCGUCCACUUUCCGGCGAGCUUUUCUGGCCCAUUUUGGGCGUGGUUGCGCGUCCCUCACCCUCUCCUCGCGCCCCCUCUACGGUCCUACUUGAGUUUCCAGGUGUGUUUUUACUCAAUUUGUUUUUUUCUGGAAAAUCGGACUGUAGCUUUUAGGACCGAGAACUGCGAGUUUCCUGGCAUGUUUGAAUUAGAAUAGAAGGUGAGGGAUGUCGUGGUUCUGAUUGGCUAAUAUGUGAUGCCCGGUUACUUGAAUGGGUCGUUUGUGCAUGAUUCUUGCUUUGAUUGCGGUUGUUUUGCUUGCAAUUCAACCGUUUGUGCGUGCUUGCUUACCAUAGGUAUCCUUAAAGUGUGGGGGAACUGUUGAACCCAUACUUGUGGUCCUAAUGCAUAUUUUCUGGGCUCCACCUUUGGUUUGUUAAUUUUGCAGGAUCAUGUCUCUCGACCACCCCUUCAUGCAGGGCCUACGCCUGCACCCGGAGUACGCCGACCAGUACCGGCGGGUCAUCAACGGCGUGUUCCACCGCCAUCACCACCUGGUGUGGGGCGUUUUCCAGCAGCUCCACUACAUGGAAGAGAUCGUCGCAGCCAUCAGCCACCCACAGUGGCGGAUGCUCCUGAGCAUCAAGGACUCUACUUACACGGAGCUGGUAUGGGAGUUCUACUCCACCUUCCAGUACCGCCCCAAGGCGGCCAGAGACUCCCCCACCUCGGUGACUUUUCAGCUCGGUGGCCAUAUACGAGAGCUGAGUAUCGACGGGUUGGCCCAGGCAUUGGGAAUCCAUUACCACCCAUUCUCCCACCAUGAGAAGGAGGUCGCCCACCCGAAGGACUGGCUGCAGGACGUGUUCUACCAGAGCAUUGCCCGUCCCGACUACCAGUUCGACCCCUUCGAUGCUGGCCAGACCUAUGUCUCCACUCUCCUACUGGAGUGACACAUCCUCAAACUUCUGCUCACCCGCUCGAUCAAUCCCAACGCCACCGGAUCUCACAAGAUACCAAAGAGAGUGGUGUAUGCCAUGUACUCGAUGGGGCGCCCUGACCAUCUACUGCACCUAGGGUCUGUUGUGGCCACCACCUUUGCUCGGUGCCACAACAAACCCACCUACUUCUUCUGUGGUCCCAUGAUCACGAGGCUGGCACGCCACAGCACAGGGUGGUUCCGCACCUCUCGGCUGGGAAAAAAAGAAAUGUAAAAUGAAAGUUAAAAAAGGAGUUCCAACGGUGAAAUGAAGUGAAAGAGCACCCCCGGUACAAUGAGUCCUUGGUUGUGAAUGGUGCGAGUCCCUUUACCUAUGAACUGGUUUUCUUACUUCCACUUCUUCUCAUGAUCCUGUCUUGAGUCUAGUACUCACAUUGAGAGAGAUAGGGGACGUCUUAGAAGACCAGUUGACCUCGUAAGCUGCUACAUGAUCUAGGAAAUCCUCUACCAGCAAUCGGGGGUAGUUUGUUGCUAUAGAGGUCUGGAGAGCUGCAUUGGUUUGAGUUAGGUUUGCUUGGGGACAAGAAAACGGUUAAGUGUGGGUGAAUUUGAUAGACCAAUAAUUUCACAUGUUUUUACUUCCAUUCUUGAGUCGUUUGAGAGUCGAUUCUCGUGUUUUAAGCGGAUUUCACGCUAGGUUGUAUGUUUAUGCCAUAUUUCAGGACUUGGCGUUGACGUGAAGGCGAGGAAACGAGUUUCGGGUAAAAAAGGAGGACAUGGGAGUGAAGGGCGCUAUAAGAGCAAAAUACCCGGCCAGGAGUUAAAAUACCCAUUCGGGUAAAAUGCUAAGGAGGCCGAGGAUUCGUGCUUUUGGGACGUCUGAAGUCCAGGAGGGGUCCCGGCCGGACAGCUUAAAUACCCGAUCGGGUAUUAACCCUUUACCGCGGCGCUGCGUUUCAAAAUCCUCGGUUGGGCACCUGAAAUACCCGACCGAGGAUUAUGACCGGGGAUCGCGAACAGUUGAUUCUUAAGAGAAAGAAGACCAAUUUUGAAAGGGUUCUGAGUUUUGGAGAGAAAAAGUGUAUACCUAGAUAGAGAAAGUGACGAACCUGAUUCUUCAAGCGCCUUAGAUCGAUCUUUAUCACCAUUGGAGCCCGGCUUGAGCUUGGAGAAGUGCUGAUUGAUUGCCAGAAGUAGAAUCCCAUCCUUCACAGUAUGGUUUCCGCGUCUGCGCUAGAUUUCCCGUCUCUCUCCAUGAAGUAACUUUCUCAUUCACCUGGAUAUGAAGAACCCUAGAUUUGUAUGUUAGGUCUGAUUUUAUGAACCCAAGUACGAAUUCAGUGAUAUGAUUGUAUUCAAUUGAGGUUUGAUUUCUUGAAUGGCAUGAAUCCUGAUCAAAUUCCUGUUAUUUCUACUUUGAUAUAGAAAUAGAAUAUGUGCCUAGAUUGAUAGAGCACCCUUGAUUGAAGGUAGCGAAUUGACGACUUUAGUCGAGGAGUUAAUUCACUAUUCUGUACCAGAUUUACUUCGGUAAAGGAGGUUUGGUUCAUUAGGGCCCCAAUCUUUUUACUCCGGUGGAGGUUAGUCAUCCGUUGGGGACUCAGAUUGAGAAGUAUGGAGACCUUUAGUCGAGACUGCAGACUAUUUAAGAACCUCCCGCAGUAUAACUAUCAUUGAACUUGAACUUGGUAAAUUACAACCUGGCUUAACUGCAGUCUAUGGGGACCAUAUCCGGGUGACCUCUCUCAACUUGAACACAACUUUCACUAUUUUUCUUGCUAGUUUAAUUGAACCUUCACUACACUUGAACCGCUAGAUAACAAGACUUUCACGGAGUAGUCAUCACACCUAGGACCCGUAUUGACAAUUAGAACUAAACCCACUAUACUACGCAUUAGUAGGUGGUUACACUUGGCCACUUUCUAGUGUGACGGUAGAAGCAUGUCAAAUACUUGAUACCAAACCAAAUUUUGAAUAUAAAAUUUAGAAUCAAUU